AUGAGAAGUUCAGGAGAAGAAGCAAAGCAUGGAGAGAAAUCAUUAAAGAUUGAUGAUAUGGAAAUAUGCUCUAAGGAAUAUGAAAUAAAAGACAUAGAUAGUAGCUUAAUAGGUAAGACAAUUAGGUUCCAUGGAUGGGUGCGCAGUUUCCACCAGAUCGGAAAGAAGUCCUUCUUUACGGUUUAUUCUGCAGGGUAUAUGGCUAAGUGCAUGCAUGUCAGUGAAGAAGAGAAGAUUCACUUGACAAAGCACACCUCCGUUAUUGUUACAGGAGAUGUUAAAAAAAACUUUACCAAGGACUCAUUCCCCUGUGAGAUCCACGUGAAAUCCUUUGAAAUUUUUGGGGGCAAGUUAGCCCCUACUUUUGAGAUCGACAGAGAGCAGACAAGCGAGUCGUUCCUUCUUGACCACCAGCACCUGCUGAUUCGAGACAUGGAGAAGACAGCUGUUUUGAAGGUUCGUGCAGAGCUUCUGAAGCUUGCAAGGGCGUUCUAUGACGAAAAGGAAUACACAGAAGUCACUCCCCCAACACUUGUGCAGACACAGGUAGAAGGAGGAAGUACACUGUUUAAGAUGGACUACUUUGGGGAAGAUGCAUUCUUGACUCAGUCAUCGCAGCUGUACUUGGAGACAGUCGCGCCUAUCUUUGGAAAGGCAUACUGCAUUGCAUCAUCUUACAGGGCAGAGAAAAGCAACACCAGAAGACAUCUGAGCGAGUAUACGCACGUAGAGGCUGAGCUGGCGUGGAUUGACUUUGAGACUUUACUUUCUGAGAUUGAGGAUAUGAUCAUCUAUCUGACAAAGGGGUUCAACACAAAGUGCAUUUCUAUACUGAAGCACUUUGGUGUCAAGAUGGAGGCUCUUGCCGUUCCAGAGAAGCCGUUUAAAAGACUGAAGCACUCUGAGGCAAUUGACAUCCUUGUAAAAGAAGGAGUUAAAAAGGAGGAUGGAACAGACUACACAUACGCAGAUGACAUUCCAGAUGCACCGGAAAGGUUCAUAUGCGAUGUUGUAGGAAAGGGAGCACCAGUGUUCCUAGUCAAGUUCCCCUUUGAAAUGAAGAGCUUCUACAUGGAGAAGACAGAGGGCACUUUGACAAACAGCUGUGACCUGCUAUACCCUGGUGUAGGUGAGAUAGUAGGAGGGUCUAUGAGGCUUUGCGACUACGACGAGCUUUUAGCAGGAUUUAAGCGAGAGGGAAUAUCCCCAGAGCCAUACAAAUUCUACACGGACCAGGCACUCUACGGUGCAUUCCCGCACGGAGGGUAUGGCCUUGGCUUUGAAAGAAUCAUCAUGGGUUUUAUGCCAGAGAUUGUGUCCAAGGUGCGCCAUGCAUGCCUGUACCCAAGAUUCAACGGAAGAUGCAGACCCUAA